AUGUCAAAGAAUGGCAAAAGGAAUAGUCUUUUGGCGUCUAGUAAUCGAUAUAACCCUUCAAAUACUGCCAAAGAUGAAUUGAAUUCCUUGAAAUAUCAAUUAAAUCAACCCGAAUUGAUUUACCCUUUAGAUACUAAAACCAAAGAUCAAUUGACUCAAGAAAGAGGGAAAUUAUCAAGUGAUUUAACAUACCCUGAUUUCCAGCCUUGGAAAGAUCACACACAACUUCCUUCGCCGUCAGCGAUCGAAGAAGAAGAGAGAAUGGACAAUUCCAUGUAUUUAAAUAAAGGAUUGUUCGAAGCACCUCAAGUAUCUAAUGAAUACUAUUCCGCCAGGAAUUUGAUCCAAACAACGAUAUUCUCCAGUAGUGAAAAUUGUGCUGAAAUCUUGAAAGAGUUGAGUCAGCAUUUAGCAAGUGUAUAUAAGACCAGAAAUGAGACUAUCAAUAAAAUCAAUUAUGAAUCCAAUAAUUUCAAAUUACCACCAAAGGUAACUUUAACAUCACUGAAAAGAGAUGCCUGGAUCAAAGAAUUGGCAGAUCCUUCUGUUCCAUUAAGUAAAGUUGCCACCAGAUUACCUCAUGGUAUAAAAAAUAAGAUCUUACUUGAUAUCCUAUGUUCAAAUCAAGUACCCAAUAUGAGAGCUAUUUGGUUUACUAAAUGUGUUCUUUAUGGAGAUGCUUUACUUAUAAGGAAAAAAGUUCAAAUGAAAAUCAGUCAGACCCCUAAUUUCCAAGGUAGUGAUAAUUUACUCGAGAAUCAAGAGAUUCAAUGGUUACAAGAAUGGACACAACAAGUAAUUGAUUACUUAUAUAGAUUUUCUCGGGAGUUCAACACCAUUAGCAAUGCUGAAAAGAAACAAGAAUCAAUGUCAAAGUUGAAUUAUCUUUUGAAAUAUAUCCAAACUUUAUACAUCGAAAAUUUAAUCGAUAAAGAUUUAUUUUUGACAUUGAUUAUCCGAUUUUUCAAAGAUGGGCUACUUUUAGAUAAUAAUAGUAUCAUCCAAUUGAUAAUUAACUCCAACGCAGGAUUCAACGAUGAUGAUAAUGAUGAAAUAACUAAUAAUGAAGAAUAUGAGAAACUUACUAAAACAUUAGACUUGAACUACGGUCAAAGAUUAGUGGCUUUGAUCCUUGUGAAGAUUUUUUGGUUAGAUAUCAUCAAGUUGGAUUACUUAAGCAAAGAUUUGGCAGAAGUAUUAUUACUUAAUUAUUAUUUCAUUGAAAGAAGUCCGGUGUUCAACAAUAAACAACCUAGGAGUAAUAUUGUGAUUGAUCAUUUGCUUUCAGCAGAAUUGAAAGAAAGUAUAUUGAAACAGAUUUCAAGAAUAAUCAAAUCAUUAUUUGCUAUGAAUUCUAAUAUCUUCAUCAUCCCCAAUUACUGGAUUUUGGUGGGGAAGGUUUUAUACUCUAUCCUUUUAGGGGGAAAGAAGGAUAAAGAAGUUAAGGAAAUAGAAGGAAUUCAGAAACAGCUUCAAUUGAUUCUGUAUAGGAAUGAAAGUUUGAUGUUGAGUAUGAAAAGAGGUAAUCCCAAUACUAAAGAAGAAAAUAACGUUUUAUCACCAUUUACCACGGGUCACAGAAGAACUGGUUCUUUUCCCAAUACUUUUACUCCAUUUGAAAGCACUUUCAACGAGCCAUUUUUACCACCGUCUGCUAAUUCGGUGUCAACAGAAUCCACUAACUUGGAAUCCAUUGAAAGUGAAAUAUUCAUCAAUAGAAAGAAUGAUGAUGUUCUAAGAAUCAUUGACUAUUUGGAUAAAUCCAAUUUGAAUGAAGAAUUGGGGAAUUUGAUUAAACCAAACGUUGAAGAGGACUCUGAUAAUUGGAAGUUGAAUUUAUCAGUGGUAAUAAUGUGGUGUAUCAGUAAAUAUAGAGAUCCCAGUAAAUCCAAUGAGAACAUUUUGAUGGUUUGUGGGUUCAUUAAAAACAUUACCAAGUCAGAUAAGUCAGUAGCGGUGAAAUCAAUACUUGAAGAUGGAAUAUUGGAUACAAUCUUUUCAUAUAAUGAUGGAUUGGAUGAAAUCAACCUCAAUAGUCUUUUUGUAUUGUUUAAUGAGUUAUACCAAUUGAAAACCAUCACCAUAUCGUCAUACUUAAGAAAAUUGAUAGCUUCAGGAAUCUUUUAUUUACCUCCUGGUCAGCCUGUUGAAAGUUCCUUAACUAAUCCUCAAAUCGAUCUUCAUCUACAAAUGUUGAAGAAUCUUCCUGUGUUGAAGAAUAAACAAACCGAGAAUAUCCUUAAACUAUGGGACUUCAAUGGACAUUUCAAUGCUAACGACCUUUUUGAUAAAGGUAAAGAAAUUUUGAAUGACGAAAUUCUCGAAAAGUUCAAAUUCAACAAUCCUAUAACUUAUGAUUUCGAUUUUUUUAUUGAUCUGCCCGUGGGGAUCAAAUAUCUAUUGGUCAAUUGGAUCACUGAUGAGAUUAAGUCUGUCAUAUCGACGUCGCCCAAGUUGAUUCAUAUCAAAUUACAAGGCAUCAUCAAAUUAUAUGAAUAUUAUUCCAUUUCAGAUAAUUUAACAGUAUUCUUCCGAAUCAUAGUCAAAAGCUUGUUAAAGAAUGAAAGUAGAAUCAUUGUCCUAGACCUAGACGUAUUGUACAUUUUAUCACGUCUUACUAUCAAACAUUUCAAACUCAUAAAGACCUUAUCCAAUAAUGAGACCAAUUUCGGUUACGAAUUGUUCAAGCUAAUCUUCAAUAAUUAUAAAGAUUUGACCAAGGAUGAAUUUGACUAUUUCAAUUUUAAAGAUGUUUGGAAGUUUAUAAGUAAAUCUAUUGAAGUGGCCACCCCAAAUAAGAACACUGUAAUUGAGAAACCAGAGAUUAAGAUUCCUAUACCACAAUUCAUAUUCUCGAAGAAUACUGUUGAUUCUCCGAUGAAAUUAAACAAUACCAAAGACAUUAAUGCCGAUAGCAAUGAAACUAUCGAUGGGUUUUUGAAUGAGGUGAAUUUAUUUGUCAAUAAACCUUUCAAUUAUUUGAAAACCAAUGAAAUCAUUGAAAUCUUAAAGGAUUUGAAAUUAAGUGAUCAGUUGAUUAAUGAACCAACCAACAAUAAAAAGAUUUUGUUGAUUUUAUUGGAUUACUGUUUCAAAUAUUACAACAAGUUGAAUGACAAACAAGAGAUACAAUUAAUCAAAUUGUUGGUAAAUACCAAAAACUCGUUGAUAGAUAAUGAAGGAAACUUUGCAUUUUUUGAAUGCUUGAAUUUCUUUACCACCAAAGCUUUAGGUAAAGUUCAACAUUCAGAAGAACUGGAAGUUUUACAAGGUAACGAAGAAAUCAUUAGUAAGAUGACUUUCACAUUGAUGAAGAUGAAUAAAUUCGAAAUCAUUGAUUUCAAUUUGAUCUAUUCUAUCUUCCAAUCAUGUUCCAAUAAUCUAGAUAUUCCUGUUGACUAUAAUGAUAUCUUGUUGAAACUUCUCAUAGGUGAAGAUAGUUGUUUAUUGUUAGAAUUGAAUAGAGAAGUGUUUAUGAAGACCAAUACGGUUUUUGAAGUACUUGGUAAAGUUCCUGUUAACAGCUACAAUGAUAAGAUAAUCAAAUUCUUUAGUAAUUUGGUAUUUAAGAAAUCAAGGAAACUUUUCGAUAAUCUACUUAAAUUCAGUGAACCUCAAAUUAUUGAGUUUCUCGAUAAAGUAUCGGGAUUGAAGAUUGAAACAUUCCAAGAUUUCUUCAAAGAUGAUUUGAAUAUCCAUGAAUUCAAUUUACCUUUAUAUCAAAUGUUAAUCAGACUCAUCAUCAUCAAAGAUUUCAAAUUCUUAACUGAUGAAGAGAAAUUCAAUAAUUUGAAAAAUCUUGUGAUGAAGAUUCUUGAUAAUCUUCAUGUCAAGUUUUCAUUAAGUAAUUCAUUUUUCGGAGAAUUGUUUACUUUAGUACCUAUCAAUGAGAAAAUCACCAUUUCUAAAAUCAUCGAAUCAAUACUAUUCAAAAGUUUAGUAUUUGAUGGUAAUAAGUUUACUUGUGAAAGAAAUGGAAUUGAUUAUUUACCUGUGAUUUAUGAUUAUUUCAAGAAAUUCUCUGUUUCUUCGAUAAAUAUCGAAAUCAAUGAAGAGUUUUUCCAUAAUUUGUUGCAAUACCUUAACCAGUUGAACUAUUUUUCCAGUGAUAAAGUAUGCCAAUCUUUUGAUUACUUAUUAUCCAUCUUUUUGAGGAUUUUAAUCAUUCAUAAGAAUUCUAUUGUCAACUAUGUGUUGAACGAUGAAGCUAAUGGUUUACAAUUUGCAUUAAAUUUGAAAAAAUUACUUGAAUGUCAACAAUUGCAAUCUCCAAAAAUGGAGAGAUUGAAGAUUCUUCUAUACGAUUUGAUAUUGAUUUUUAAGAACCUUUUAUUACAACAUAUCUCCAAAACACCCAAAGAUUUGACAACAGACAAAGUUGAAGUUCAUGACAUUUUACCUGAUUUCACUAAAUAUGAAAAAUUGUUAUCGGUGUUUGAUUUACCUGAUUUCUUCAAUAAUGGUGAUAAUACCUUACACCAGUAUCUUGACGUAACACGGAUUGAAUCUUCGUUGAUGUUAACUAGGGAGGAAUUAGAAAAAGGUGGAGAUUAUCAUCGGAUUAACAACAACAAUUUGAUAUUAUUUAACAAGAGUAAUGAUACGUUUUCACCCUUCAACUUAUUAAGUGAGAAUCAUCCUAAAACUUCUUCUAGUAAGUUUAAAAUCAAGAGUUUUGAAAUCUUGGAAAACACUUCAACGGACUUGAAUAAUGGUCGUAUUAAUUUACUGUUAUUCGAUGCUUACAUAACAAAACAAAAUCCUCCAUGA